AUGUUAAAUAAUGAUUUUAUCGAAAAUGCUAAAAAAUAUAAAAAAGAAUUUUCCGAAUAUUCUAAAAAUAAUAUUAUGUAUAAAAAAAGGGAAAAUUUAAAACCAUGGGAAUUGGUCGAAAAAGUGUCCGACAUAAUUAUAUUUGAUAUAAUUAAAGAAAUAGCGUCGGAAUUUCAAAAUGAAAAUAUAUUGAAAAGAUUAUAUGUUAACGAACUUUUGGAAAUAACUAAUUAA